GUCACUGCAUUGACACUGCAUUUCGAACUUACUUUCCGACAACACAACCUUCUUAUCUUCUCAAUCUCCCUUGUGGACUAUUCUGCAUCAUCAUCAUGACUCUUGAGGAAGUUCUGACCCAGAAGUCCACCGAGCGUGCCCAGUGCACCGGCAAAGCCCUGGAAGAAACAUUGGUUUCCGCUAAAGACAGCGACUGCCUGACAGUUGGUGUCUACGAAUCUGCUAAAGUUAUGAAUGUUGACCCAGACAGUGUGUCUUUCUGCGUCCUGGCCACCGACGAGGAGUUUGAGUGUGACAUCGCUCUCCAGAUCCACUUCACCCUCAUCCAGUCGUUCUGCUUCGACAACGACAUCAGCAUUGUCAGAGUGAGCGACAUGGACCGCCUGGCUGAGAUUGUCGGUGACAAGUCUGGUCAACUGGAAGAUGCUCACUGCGUCCUAAUCACGAACCCAGCUGAUGGUGCUUGGGAGGACCCGGCCCUGGAGAAGCUGCACCGGUUCUGUGAGGAGAGCCGCAGCCUGAACGACUGGGUUCCUGAAAUCACCCUGCCUGGCCGCUGAACUGGGACCUUACUCUUCUCUUCUGAGAUGCUGAAUACCCGUUCUACAAGGAAAUACUCAUCCUACUACAGGAUGACCCUGUUUCUCAUCCCUGGAUCCUCCUGAGGAGAAUUCCAAUCCAGGCAGCGCGUGGCCGGCCCGAGGGGCCCCCGCGAUCCGUCGUCUCUUGUACCGUCCAUGCCAAGGUGACUCUCAUUCUUUAUGUGAAUGAGGUCAGGUAUGCCACGAGAGCGACAAAAGGACCCUCAUUCUUUGUGCGGAUGAGGUUUGGAGAGAAAGGAGAAGCGAGUUCUGCAUCCUGUGGUCCACAGAGCGAGAGUCGCACGUUGAAGCACGCGCAGUAGGAGAUGAAGCGGUGCUGAGAAAGAAGCGUUCUUAAAAAGGGACUUUUUAAAAUGUCUUCUUGCUGAGCAACACUAACACCGUUGCUGCCAGCGAAAUAUUUCCCACUUUCCAGAAUUGUCUUAAUUCUCUAAAGGUUUCACUUUAGAAAUUUAAUAAUGACAACACUAAUAUUAAAAAAGAAAAACUUAUCAAUGCUCUGAAGGUUUCACUUCUGAACAUUUGAAUAGGCCUAUGUUACGUUAUUAUGAGCUUAACAUUAAAUAUGUCCAAUAUAAAUGUAAAAAAAGACAAGAAAAUACUACGAAAAAUGACAAAUUCUCAGAAUGUUUCACUGGAAAUGUUAUUUGAGAAGAAAACUAACAACUUAA